AUGCCCAAGUGUGACAACUGUGACAAACUAAUAGCCAAGAAAUCCGCUAUUCUCGAGUGCUCAUGCUCAAAAACUGUGCAUACUACCCAGGCCUGCACCAGCCUAACAUCUAAUUGCUUAGCAGCACUGCGCAACAAUGAGAAUUCGGAAUGGACCUGCGAAGUUUGUCGCCGUGAAACUCCAAGACAAAAGUCAUUUGUCAUACAAGAGGAGGAAGAGGAAGACGACGAGGAACUAUUAUUAACAAAGGGAACUGACAGCGGAUCCAACGCGAUGAAAAAAAUUACUAAGCGACAUAUCAUUUGA